AUGCCUAUUGUUCUCGAUUGGAAAUGCCCCUCGCCAAUCGAUGGCCUCUUAGACGCCCUGGAGCGUCUUGCCCUGGAAAUCGCCGAAGAGGGAGAAUAUCACCAAGUUCUGAUCUUAUGGAGCACUCCGAAGACGAUGACCGGCGGAAAAUACGCAAACGCUCAUUUCAAGGUCAAGCUGUUUGGGAAUAUCAAUGGACGUGCAGUGGUUCAUCAACAUUGCAUCUACAUUGAGCAUCGAUCCGCUUAUGGACGCCAUGAUUAUGUGAUGGCUCGUGAUGAGCGUGACGAGAAUUAUCCAUAUACCACAUUAGUUGCUGUUGGCGGGCCACCUAGCAGCUGCCCCAUGAGGCGACGUCUUCAGAGGGAGCAACAGGAAGCAGCUGCCCUUUCAGAUGGGUGGUACGCCGACCCGUGGGCGGCGGACACUGGCAAAGCGGAGAGAUAUUAUGCGAAUGGCGAGGCACCAGGGGGACAAAUUAACCCGCCAGACUCCCGAGUGGAAUACGUGGCAUACUGCCCGCAGUUCAUGGGACCACGUCCAGCGGACUGCCAGGACCGCGACGACGUCUGGGCGCUGUGGCGGAUCAUACACGGCGAAUCACAGGAAGUCGCGGACAUCUCCGAGUUCAUGGAAGGCCACCACGACGCCGCGGUGUCGUUCUACCUUCACUGGUGUAUGAAGAAGCGCACUCCCAAGACAUUCGCCAUGCUGCGACAAUGGAAGGACGAUGCUCGCCAGUACACUGGGCUGCCUGAGAACCUGGCGACAGCAGUGGUGGCCAAAUUGCAAGGCGGUUAUAAAGAGAAGCAUGAGAUGGACCAGGCACUGGAAGAGUGGCUACGAUGA